AGGGCUUUAGUCAUAAAUUAUAAAUUCCACACAAACUAAUCUACCUUUGUGAUUGUGACGCAUCAUUUUCAGCGCAAACAGAUAGUCCUAGAUAAGAUACCAAUAUGAGUGUUAUCGCGUUACCUCAUUUAAUCUACCAUCAGUGUAUAAUGUGAAGGCGGCAACCAUGCGCGGAAUAAUCAUAGACAAAAUAAAAAAUGUUGUGUUUUUUCUUCUCUUUGUAAACAUUAUAAGUGGCCAGGAUGUAGUGACUGAGCAAGCAAGGAAGAAUAUAAGAGUGUGUGAUUAUUGCACAUGCAGCGAGAUCCCUAACGAGGAUGCAACGCAUUUGGUGCUCAACAUACAGUGCUCGGAGUUGGAUCGGAUAGAAAAUUUGCCGGAUUUGGACAAGAUAGAGUGGCCUGACAACCCUAAUGCACUGAAGAUUUCAGCCACAUUCGAAGGACUUGGCCUCUCAACUCUGGGAAAGCUACCAGCAAACAGUCAAGUAGAGUCACUGAAAUUUAACAACAACGCGAUCAAAGCGUACUGGCCGGACCCUUUCACAGAUGUCCCAAACUUGAGGAAACUCUCCUUCGCACAGAAUGACCUCACGGAGGUCACACCCGACCUAUUCACCAACAUACCAAACCUGCAAGAACUGGACAUCUCAUACAAUAAGCUAACAAGCUUCAACCCGCUGGAUUUCAAAUCUUUACACAACGUCAAAAGGUUUAACUUACAAAGUAACCUGCUUAAGAAGAUACCCGUAGAUGCCCUGCAGCCAAUGAAAGCUUUGGAGGAUUUAGACUUGAGUAAGAAUGGCAUUUACGAUCUGCUGCUGCAGAAAUCGGACGUGGAUACGCUGAGUGCGGUGAAGAGGCUGAGUUUGAAUGGGAAUAGGAUUCGAUCGGUUAUCAAGGACUCGUUUCCGGUGAAUAAUUCUUUAGAACUACUAGAUCUGUCUAACAACAUAAUCGAGGUAGUAGAAGAAGACGCUUUCCUGACCUGCACCAAUCUAAAGGAAUUGAACCUUGGGCAGAACAACAUAACGUUCAUUUUCUCCCUGCCACCAUCACUGCAGAUUUUCAUAGUGAAGCAAAAUACCCUAAGAAGGUGGCCUAAGUUUCCUAAAGGCAUAACUUAUGUUGACAUAUCGUAUAAUAAACUGUCUGAAUUAUACAGUAAAUUGUAUAGCUCUGAUUUUGAGAAUUUGGAGGUGUUAAACAUAGCGGGAAACCAGCUGACAGAGUUGCACUUUGCAAGUAAACUACCCAACCUAUAUAGCCUGGAUGUUUCUUACAACCUACUCGAAGAAAUCCCAACGAGUUUAAACUCUCAUAAUUUCCCCAAUUUAGAGGAGUUGCGUUUAGAUGGCAACCCUAUAACCAGUAUUUACUUCAAAGAGAUUCUGGCUGUAAAGAGUCUGUAUAUGAAUGAACUGAGCAAACUCCUUUCUGUGGAGGAUAAGGCUUUUAGCAAUGUGAUUGGAAAAGCUGUGGAGGAUUCUGAGCCAUGCUUUUCUCUGUUUCUCUCAAAUUGCCAUUCUCUGUAUGAAAUCCAUGAAGGAGCAUUUGAUGGGACUUCUGUUUGUAUGCUGGACAUCAGCAGCAACAACCUGACGCGUCUGUCCCGCUCACUCCUGGACUGGGCGCGUGUGAGUGAGGGAGUCAACCUGCAGUGGAACCCGUGGGACUGCGGUUGUCACCUGCAGUGGUUCCUGGAUGAGCUACUGCCGAAGAUGUAUAAGACUCAGUCGAGACUGCUGGCUCAGCUAAGAUGCGAGACGCCUCGCGCGGUGCAAGGCCUGCGGUUGGUCCACUGGUACAACUGGACGGGAGAAGUGCUCUGUAGUGAGCAGUUUAUGAACCCCGGCGAGCGUGGGGGUUAUUCGCUUUCCCCAAUGACAGAGCGAGAAGGCAACUUCCUAUCGAACCCCAGCUCGUUAACACUAAUAUUAGGAGGCUGCAUAAUAGUAGCACUACUAGUAGCGAUAGCUCUAUCUAUAUACCUCGUUAGAGGGAGAAGAAGGUAUAGAGUGAGACAGGCUGCGUUGAAGAGAAAGAGACAGAGCGCUAUAGACGCGAGGAACUCGACUGGACAGCAAAAGGAACAGUAUUCUGCAUUAAAUAAGGUUUAAAAUUAGUUACGUUUAAGUGUGUAAUUUAUGUAUGUGCCAUAGAUUUAGCUUGCCAGUAACAAAUUAGUUUAAAAAUAAUGUUACAUUUAAAUGCAUCCAUUAUUAAUAAGCUUUUGUAAAAUAUUAAUGCGUGUUUGAAAAAUGAUUUGCGCUGGCACGUAAGUUUGUUAUUUAAUGAAAUAGUUAUUUUUA